AAGCGCAUGAGGACGACCAUUCUAUACAUUAGCUCACACUGUAGAGACUAUUCUAAUAUAUUUUUUUUGGGUGAAAGGAGACCAUUCUAUUCAAAAAGGAUAAAAGGCCCAAAAAGAAAAAAAAAAAAAAAAGGAAAAAAAGAAGAAGAAGAAUGAAAUCCAGUUUCAAUUCCGUCAUUGAACAUCUCGAAGAAAGACAAAUCAACGUCUCUGCAACAGCACCGCCAACAGCAACAGCUUCUACAAGCUCCUCCACUCCGGUGGUGUACUAGUCACGUGGAUGGGCCAGUCAUCUUCAUCCACCGCAAUUUUAACUCGUCGCGAAUCUAUCUACCGGUCAAAAUCAAAAUCAACGGCUCUGAUUUCUCCUAUGCAAACUGAAGAACCAAAUGACAAAGACGACGUCGUAUUAAUCAUCAAUGAAUCACCAGAUUACAUCUCGGAUCUACCAGAUGAAUGUUUAGCUUGCAUUUUUCAAUCCCUCAGCCCUAGCGAUCGACAACGAUGCUCGCUAGUCUGCCGUCGGUGGCUAAGAAUCGAAGGACAAAGCCGUCACAGGCUUUCUCUUCACGCGCAAUCAGAUCUUCUUCCGGUGAUAUCUGCUCUGUUUACUCGAUUUGACGCCGUUACGAAACUGGCUCUCAGAUGUGACCGCAAAUCCGCGAGUAUCGGAGACGAGGCACUUGAAGCGAUCUCACUACGUUGUCGGAACCUGACACGCUUGAAGCUCCGUUCGUGCCGUGAUGUAACUGAUGCAGGUAUGGCGGCGUUUGCGAAGAAUUGUAAAGGAUUGAAAAAACUAUCCUGUGGAUCGUGUACGUUUGGUGCUAAAGGUAUGAAUGCUGUUCUUGAUAACUGUGCGUCGCUUGAGGAGCUCUCAAUUAAACGGCUUCGUGGAAUAACUGAUGGAGCCGCCGCUGAACCCAUUGGACCGGGUUUAGCCGCCAAUUCUCUUAAAACCAUAUGCUUAAAGGAGCUUUAUAAUGGACAGUGUUUUGGUCCGUUAAUUAUUGGAUCUAAGAAUCUUAGAACUUUGAAGCUUUUUAGAUGUUCUGGUGAUUGGGAUAAGCUUCUUCAAGUGAUAUCGGAUCGGGUCACGGGUAUGGUCGAGAUCCAUCUUGAAAGGCUCCAGGUAAGUGAUGUUGGACUUUCUGCUAUAUCCAAUUGUUUGGAUCUGGAGAUUUUGCAUCUUGUUAAAACCCCCGAGUGUACUAAUUUAGGGUUAGGUUCCAUCGCCGAGCGAUGUAAGUUGUUAAGAAAGCUUCAUAUUGAUGGAUGGAAAGCCAAUCGAAUUGGUGAUGAUGGAUUAAUAGCUGUUGCCAAGAAUUGCCCUAAUUUGCAAGAAUUGGUGCUCAUUGGAGUUAAUCCUACCAAGAGCAGUUUAGAAAUGUUAGCUUCCAAUUGUCAAAAUCUUGAGCGAUUAGCACUCUGUGGGAGUGAUACUGUUGGUGAUGCUGAGAUUUCUUGUAUUGCAGCUAAAUGUAUAUCUCUGAAAAAGCUCUGUAUUAAGAGUUGUCCUGUGUCGGAUCAUGGAAUGGAAGCCCUUGCUAGUGGAUGUCCAAAUUUGGUUAAAGUGAAGGUGAAGAAAUGCCGAGGUGUGACUUGUGAGGGUGCGGAUUGGUUAAGAGCGAGUAGGGGAUCUUUAGCUGUGAAUUUAGAUAGCGGUGAGCAUGAACAUCAUGAUGCAAGUGCUAGUGAUGGUGGGGUGCAGGAAAAUGCAGUUGAAAUUCCUCCAGGACAAAUAGCAGCGGUAGUACCAUCUGUUGCUUCUUCAAGCACUGCUGGAAGAUCAACUUCCUUCAAGUCCAGAUUAGGGCUUUUGAGUGGGAGAAAUUUAGUGGCUUGCACUUUGAGAAGGUGGUCUAGUGGUAAUACCGGUUCUCGAAGUUAAUUUGAUUCAAGGACUAACAGAAUUUGCAUAGCAGAAAUAUUGGUCCUUGGUCUAUUUGCAUUAUUUUGCAUCACGUCGUCUGAUUUACAUACUUGAUGUACUCCAUUUGAUAUUGGCUUGCUGUUUAUUUUCUUUUCAACUGAAAUUCUCAUUGUCAACAAAAUAUCAUUUCUAUUCGUUUUAA